AUGUUCUACUCCGACAGCACAAACCUGCUAUACGUAAGCGGAACCAACGACUGGGGACGUCUUACCCAAGGAGGUCACAACAGCGAAGCCAACAUGCUUUUCUACCGAGUGCUCACCACCGGCAGCACCCUCGCAACAUGGGCCUCGGCUCUCACCCUCUCCACAGUCUGGGCCUCUCUCGCACACACGCUGCAAUCUAGCAUCAACAAGCAACUCUUUUCGCACUCUACCAGUGCCUUCGUUGACAGCGACACAAGCCCCACCAUCUACCCCCAAGACGCCAAUUCCCUCGCCCUCGCCUAUGGCAUUUCCCCCCUCAACACAACCUCUCUCAUAUCCCAGCAGCUCCUCACAAACUGGGACCCUAUCGGCGCCAUUUCCCCGGAACCCCCCCCCACAACAUCAACCUCUACACCUCCUCCCUCGAAGUAG